AUGAAAUGUGAGCCCGGGUGGCCCAGGACGCCGGAGCGGCUGCCUGCCUGCCGCCUGAGCGCCGCGGGCAGAGACAAAGAGACCUCGGCCCCAGCGCAGCCCCGCGCGCCACGGCCGGGUUCCCCUCGAAGACGCUCAGGACAAUGGCCCGGUCCCCGCGCGACCCCCCUCUCGGGAGCGCUGCCCUCUCCCUCUGACCGCGCUCCGGCUCCUCCGCGGCCCGGGCUCUCCCUUCUUCCCCCCAUCAGCCCUCUCUCCAGUCUGUGCGUCUGUCCGUCUGUCCUGGCGCGCAACCUCCGGCCACCGGCUUGGAUGGACGCGCUGAGGCUGCCCGGGGGUCCAGGAAUCUUGCUUCCGAAGCUGGUCCUGCUCUUUGUCUACGCAGAGGAUUGCCUUGCUCAGUGUGGCAAAGACUGCAGAUCUUACUGCUGCGAUGGGGCCACGCCCUACUGUUGUUCCUACUACGCCUAUAUUGGGAAUAUCCUCUCGGGCACCGCAAUUGCUGGCAUCGUGUUUGGAAUUGUAUUCAUCAUGGGGGUCAUUGCGGGGAUUGCCAUAUGUAUCUGCAUGUGCAUGAAAAACAACCGUGGGACCCGGGUGGGCGUCAUCAGGACCACCCACAUCAAUGCCAUCUCCUCCUACCCUGUGGCACCACCACCCUAUAGUUAUGACCAUGAGAUGGAAUACUGUGCCGACUUGCCGCCUCCCUACUCUCCGACCCCACAGGCUUCCGCGCAGCGUUCUCCACCCCCUCCUUAUCCUGGAAAUUCAAGAAAACAGUCCUUCUCCCAGAACAGAAUAUGUGCCAAUCAGAGAUCUUGCUUGGAAUAA